AUGCCAACCUGUCAAACUGAAGAAUUAACCAAACAAAGAUAUCCUAAUAUUAGAGUUCCAAGAUCAAUUGAUAGUUAUGAUGAAUGUCAAACUGCGCCUAAAAAUAUAUCUAAAUGGGCGACCGGUCAAAAUAAAUUUUUAUAUGAAACAGACUGGAUAAAUGAAACUAAUGAAAUUGACCACAAUUUUGAUGCUAAAAUUGAUAUUAAUGAUAGUAGUAACAAUUAUCUAAUAGACUUUUUAAUGGACGAAAUACGACUUGAGGACUUUGAUGAAGAGGGUGAAUCAUCUACGAUUGUGUUUCAAGGAACUUAUUUGACUGACCAAAAAGGAAAAAGAAAAUUAACCGAAUUAAACGAAAAUUAUUAUUAUGGUAAUUAA